AGUACUUUUGGUGAUCAUAUUUAGAUAUCGUGAAAGUUUGGUUGAAAUGGUUGUUUAAAUUAAGAAACGGACCUGGAUUUAAAAUAGAAUAAGUAGAAUUUUAAUAGGUAUAAUUUUCAUUUGGAAUAGUGAAUUUUUGUGAAAAAUUCUAGUUUUGAGUUGGAAGACAAUUUUUUCGUAAAAUAAUAUACAAAAACCUGACAAAUUAUAAAUUCAAAGUUUAAUUACUAUUUUUUAAGCUGAAGGAGAAUGAGAAUAUAUUUGUAAAAAGACAGAGAAAACAGAUGUAUUAUUAGAGUAUAAUUCGGUUCUAAUAUUCAUUAUUUCAUGAAAAACUUAUUAAAUGUUGGAAUUGUGAUUGGGUGGUCCACGAAACGGACGCACAGCUUAUGUUUGCUCAUUCCUGUUUUAAGGAAUACAAUGAGAAGGAACAUGUUAUCGUCUUCGACGACGACGGAGUGAUCAGCAUAAGUCAACUUUCAGUUAAGAAAAAGAGAUUUCUUGACAACCUCAAACUUAUAAAUGCUGUCCAAAGAAGGCCUGCUCUUUACAAAAAAGAUUUAAAGCAGUCUGUUUCGGUCGUUGAGAAACUGAAAAUGUGGGACGUAGUUGGUAGCGAAUUAUCACCAGAAUACGCAGGAGAAACAGCAAAAAGCAGAUGGAAGAGUCUGCGUGACCAAUACACACGUGCUAAGGCGAGUGACAAGCCGACCAGCUUCAGUUAUUACCGACACAUUUAAUUUUUAGAUGAAUCCUAGUGAAAAUGAAAGACUUCCGCUACAGGAAAUUAUUAACAAUAUUACAUCGAAGUCAUCAAGAAGCAACGAGUUUAUUAAGAAGCGACCUGCUACAAUAGAAAUUACCGAGGGGGCAGCGAAAAGAAACUGUCCAUCUCAACACCCCUUAAGGGAUACUUCUCCUUCUGAAGACGUUCGAGAAGCUUGUUCGCAAUUUUCCAAGUAGGUUGGGAUUUAAUUUUUUUGAGCCCAACGUAGAGGAAGUCAGGGAAUUUCGAUUAAGAUCAGGAAAAUUUUUUAAGCUGGUAUGGCUAGCUAUAGUUAAAAAGUGAACAAAAUGGUAAUUAAGGACUGACAUAGAAUGUAUCUUUGGAAAACUCAGAAAUAUAUUUCUGCCCCAAAUAUUUACAUAAGCAACUCUCAAAACUCACCCCUUUCACCUCUAAUGGAAACUGGUAUGGCUCGCUAUAGUUAAAAAGAUGUAAAAAA